CCAAAUCGGUUAAAUCGGUGCGAAGUCUUAUAAUAAUAGUAAUGUUUGGAGCCGCAAUAGGUGCACCAAUUAAAAAUGCAUUAAGCUAAAAGCAACGAGUUAAGAAUCUUACACAAUGAUUGACGCGGCUUCCGCCGAGCGGGGAAGCCCCCAGUUUAUUGCCCUCUUCAAUGACAAUCUGAAACUGGGCCACGACGGCCCACAGGCAGUCAAUGGGAAGGACACCCACCAGCACGUACCCGCCGACCUGGAGGCGGCCUAUGGAACCUUGUACGCCGUCUGCCAGGAUCACGCCGCCUUCUUUGCCAGGGACCACACCGAAUUCGGCCAGCGCCUGCAUGCCGCCCACAUUGCCUGGCAGGACUUCAUCGUCCUGGCCAACCGACUGGUCCAGCAGAUCGCCGCCUUCGCCCACGAGUACGAUUUCGACGAGCAGACGCCGGGCAAUGGAUACAGGAGCUUCAUCUACGUGACCAACGCCUGCAUCGCGCAUGGCAUUAGCAUCUGCCAGCAGCUGACGGCCACCCGUUCCACAAUUUUCUUCCGCAAGAAGUUUUACAUGAAGGAGGUGGAGGCCUGUUCCCAGCUGUUGUCGUCGCUGUGCACAUGUCUGCAAUACCUGCUGAUACUACGCCAGUGGUCGGCUAGCACGGGUGAUCUGUUCGCAUGCGGAAACCACACUGCCGAGCAGCUCUUCGAGCUGGGCGACACCAUCAACCAGUAUUGCUUUUACGGACGCUGCCUGGGCUUUCAGUAUGGCGACUCGAUACGCGGAGUUCUCCGAUUCCUCGGCAUCAGCAUGGCCAGCUACUCGGAGUCGUACUAUUCGCAGGAGGACGACGGUCCCAUCGUCAAGACCACACGCAGCCUGUGGACCAGCGGCAAGUAUCUUAUGAAUCCUGAGCUGCGCGCCCGUCGCAUCGUUAACAUCUCGCAGAAUGCUAAGAUAGACUUUUGCAAAUCCUUCUGGUUUCUGGCCGAGUCCGAGAUGAUGCACAAGCUGCCCAGCAUUGUGGGCAGCUCCAUUAAGGUAAACCGACUUAUCGAAUUGCCAGCCGAGCCGCUAAAGCUGCCUCGCCGUAAGGAUUUCAAGGCAUCGGAGAAUCUCAGCAGUGACGUUAACCAAAACCAAGGCGAUGGUGAUUUUGUGGAGAUUCCCGUGCCCUCGGCACAUUUGGGACCUGGUCUACCGGUCUCUGUCCGCUUGCUGAGCGCGAGGCGACGUGCGGGAAUGCUGGGUGAGGGUCGCUAUCGUGGCUGGCACAAGCCCAUUCCGCCGAGUCCUUCGAUUCUGUUUCACUGCCAUGGCGGUGGCUUUGUGGCCCAAUCGUCCAAGUCCCACGAACUGUAUUUGCGCGACUGGGCCGUGGCACUGGACUGUCCUAUUCUGUCGGUGGAUUACAGCCUAGCUCCUGAGGCACCAUUUCCACGCGCCCUUCAGGAAGUUUACUACGCCUACUGCUGGCUUCUGAACAAUACCGAACUCCUGGGCACAACGGCUGAGCGCAUUGUGUGCGCAGGUGACUCGGCUGGAGCAAAUCUGUCUAUUGGAGUGGCACUCAAGUGCAUUGAGCAGGGAGUCCGAGUGCCAGAUGGUCUGUUUCUGGCCUACUGCCCAACACUCGUCAGCUUCGUGCCCAGUCCCGCCCGCCUUCUCUGCCUGAUGGAUCCCCUGCUGCCCUUCGGUUUCAUGAUGCGCUGCCUUCGUGCCUAUGCCGCUCCCGCCCAGGAGACACUGCAGCAGAAUGCCAAGCAAGUCGAGGAUGCGGCCCAGAUACGCAAUGCCCCCAAGUCGAAUGUGGGAAGCUUGAACUCCAGUCGCCGCACCUCGAUGGCCAGAAGUCCGCUUUCGCCGCUGGAAGCCAGCAUGGAACCAGAUGACGAAAGCAGCGACACCUUUGCCAGUGCCUCAGCCUCUUACCACAGCCAGACGGUGGAGCGUACCGAUCUGCCCCACACCGAAGGCGACAACAGCUCGUGCGUCUCGUUCGAGGACGACUCACAGCCCAUAGUGCACUACCCAAUCGAAAUAUCAGCCGACCCACCUAAGGAUACCGCCUCUGCAGCCUAUAUUGACAACUUUCUGGACAAGUAUCUCAUUGACACGGCCACAAUGGAGGUAACCGAAGAGACCGCUCCCGAAGCGGCGCAAGCGCAGGCAAAUGGUCAUGCGAAGAUCAGCUCCGAUGAUGAUAUUCUGGUGGAGACGGGUCGGGAUCUCGUUGCAAUAGAUACGCUGCAGGGUCGUCUGCAGGAAGCCGUCAACAACAUAACCAACACCUUGACGCGCUGCACGCAGUCCUAUGAGAUUCAUGGGAGCAACGUGAUGGGUCAACAGGACGUGCGCAACAUGGACGCUCUGAUAGCUCGGAGUCCCAGCGAGGAGUUCGCCUUCGAUGUGCCUAAGGAUCCAUUCUUGUCGCCAUACUGGGCCAGUGAUGAGUGGCUUUCCCAACUGCCAGAGACCAAAAUACUUACACUUAACAUGGACCCCUGUCUGGAUGACUGUGUUAUGUUUGCCAAGAAACUGAAGCGGCUGGGGCGACAAGUUGACUUGGAAAUACUUGAGGGGCUGCCGCACGGAUUCCUAAAUUUCACAAUGUUAUCCAACGAAGCCAUGGAGGGUUCAAAGAAGUGCAUCAAAUCUCUACAGACGUUGCUUCAAACCGAUUCGAAGCUGAAGAACAUUGACAAAGGCAACUCGAUGGAUGACGAGGAGUCCUCCAGUCCCAGUGCAAGUCUAGGCGCUUCAUAGGAUGAAUUUCCAUCGGUGUAUAUGCCUAUUGGACUGGAGAACUAAGCCCCCGACAAUGAACAAUAUUAACCGAUGGCAGAUUGUAAGUGGCAAUGGGAUUUCACCAUCACUGUAAAAUAUUGUCACCUGCAUUUAUACCCAUUGGAUUUCUCCACCCACAUAGGCGUGUAUAUCGAAUUUUGUUAUGCGCAGGAACAAUUUAAAUUGUUCAUUGUUAUACGCACUUUCUUGCUUUUUAUUACGUAUGUGUAAUCUCAAAGGUUUUUUUAUACAAUUUUAUAUGACACAGCUUUCUAUGUUUUAUAUACUCACAAACUAAGUAUAGGAUACGUAUGUAUGUAGCUUCUAGCAUAAGCAAGCCAAGUAUGCAAGUAUUGGAAGCGUGUAAACACGCAUUAUUUAUUACAUGUAUUUACAUACGAUUAAUGCUCUUGAAUGCAGGCACACACUCGCUUAGAGCUCUUUGUUGCAAAACUCCCGACUAUGUGCCUCAUACGGAACGAGUACUUAUAUACACAGUGAAUAGAAUAAUCGCCCAUUAUUACCCUUGAUUUCAAACUCCCCCAAUAGUCUGUCCAGAUUUUUUGCAGCUGCGGAGGCUAACAAACGUCAAUGUUGGAUAUAUGCCAAUGUUUUUUGUAUAUCCCACGCCAAGGUGUUUGAUGAACCAAUAAUCUUAAUAUACGUUUGCAAUCUCUCUCCUUAAACGAUACCCAGUGUUAUAUAUGGAAUGCGAAUAAAUGGUUAUUACGCCUAAAAUCAA